UUACAGCAACAGGAAAACAGCUAUGAGAGCACAUUCCGAGUGAACCCCGGCUCAGACAAUGAGGGGUGGGACAAAACUGUAUAUUUUAAAAUCUGUAAUCUAACCCUUAAAUCAGGAACAUUGCUCAAAGUUUGCUUUACACUUAUCGAGAUGGAGUCGUCAGGAGUCGAUCUGGGAAUGUUUAUUUCCAAGCGGAAGAAGACUGUUUCUUCUCCGAGAAGCAGUUUCUUGUUUUCGGUUUAUCAGCUCGAGAUUUGACUGGAGAUAUAUGCCACAGCUCGAUAUGUUCUGCGUUACGGCGAUUUAUGCAAAAUUUCGCUUGAGGAAACAGGACUGAGGACUCUGAGUGAAUGAAAACUGAACUCUGAAGGGUUUAAUUUUAGAGUUUAUUCCGAGAAUGGCAGGAUGUGGCAAAAGUUAAGGAUCCAGCACAUCUGGAUAUGACUUGCGCUGCUGAUUUCACCAUAUUCGCCGUUAUGAGACAAUAGUUUUAUGUUUUAAAGAAAUGAGAGACGAGUUUCACAAACAGAUGAAGAUUGAUAAGCUUGAUUCGUGAGUGAGCGCAAGACGAAAAUCAGACAUGAAGGCUUCUGAGAUGCUCGCAGUGUUGUUUGUUUUGGUGUAUUCAGGGAGCUACGCAACUCUCGCAGAUGAAGCCGAGGAGCCUUUACAGUGCGCAUGUGAGAACUCACCGUACUGUGAAAAAAACUCCUGCUGGGGCCGCAUUUGCUUAUACACUUCGGUCCAUGAGCGUGUAGUCAGGGGCUGUUUACCCUCCGCUGAGCAGUGCCACGUGCCUAAUGUACCUGGAGUGUAUUCCGAGUGCUGCUACACACACCUCUGCAAUGCAAACCUCAGUAUGCCUGAAAAAACAGUGGAAGAGCCCAUCAGCUUGAUUCUGUUGGUGGGUGUGCCGUUGUUGGUGCUGUUGGUGAUGUGCAUGGCAGUCUAUGGGCUUGUGUUUUGGCUGCGUUCAAGGCGACAGCACCACCCGCUGGACGAACCAGACACCUCUAUGCUCAAAGUCCCCAGUGGAGGGGACCCCACAUAUGGGGAUAUCUUUGAUGAGUUUUGUACAUCGGGCAGUGGGACCGGACUGCCUUAUCUGGUGCAAAGAACCAUGGCCCGACAGAUCUCUCUGGUUCAGUGUGUUGGUAAAGGACGUUAUGGCGAGGUAUGGAGAGGCACCUGGAUGGGAGAGAGUGUGGCUGUCAAAAUUUUCUCCUCUCGUGAUGAACAGUCCUGGUUUAGAGAGACUGAAAUCUACAACACGGUCCAACUAAGGCAUGAAAACAUCUUGGGCUUCAUAGCAUCAGACAUGACGUCUAAAAACUCCAGCACUCAGCUGUGGCUGGUCACACACUUCCAUGAGUUGGGCUCCCUCUAUGACUUCCUGCAGCGCAACAUACUAGACCCAGAGGGCUGUCUGCGCAUGUGCCUGUCCAUCGCCAGCGGCCUUGUGCACCUCCACACAGAGAUCCUCAGUACGCAGGGCAAACCAGCCAUCGCACACAGAGACCUGAAGAGCCGCAACAUUCUGGUGAAGAGAAAUGGGCAGUGCUGCAUUGCAGACCUGGGCUUGGCUGUCAUUCACUCUCAGUCUAAUGACUAUCUGGAUAUGGGCAACAACCCGAGAGUGGGCACCAAGCGUUAUAUGGCACCGGAAGUUUUGGACGAGAGUAUUCGUGUUGAUGUGUUUGAAUCCUACAAACAAACCGACAUCUGGGCCUUGGGUCUCGUCAUGUGGGAGAUAACUCGUCGAACUAUUGUUAAUGGGAUCGUGGAGGAGUACAGACCGCCGUUCUUUGACGUGGUGCCCUCUGACCCCAGUUUCGAGGAGAUGAAGAAAGUGGUGUGUGUUGACCAGCAGAGGCCCAGUCUCCACAAUCGACUACACUCUCAUCCGAUCCUGUCUACAAUUGCGAAGAUUAAGAAAGAGUGCUGGUUCCAAAGCCCUUCAGCUCGACUCACUGCUCUGCGUGUGCGAAAGACCCUCUCCAAACUGGACCAGGAGCAUGACUACGACAUUGACAAGCUUAAAGUGGACCUCUAGAAUAAACCUCCUACCACACAUUUCCAAGAAAGUUACAUUCUAAUGGACCCAUAUCCAUCCACCUGAG